AUGGACACCGCGCUCUGCGACGACCUGCUGCUGGAGGUAUUCGGCCUUCUCCCGCCCUCCGCCGCGCCGGCCGUGUCCCUCGUCUCCCGCCGCUGGCUCACGCUUCUCAGGGCCGCGACGUCGUCCCUCGCCCUCCGCCUUCCUGCGUCCUCGGCGGCGACCUUCGCCGUCCUGCUGUCGCACUACCCCUUCCUCACCGCCCUGACCGUGGUCUCCGCUGGUACGCCGGUCCACGACGCUGACGCCGUGCUGCUCGCUAUCGCGGCCGCGCCGGCCGCCUCCCGGCUCUCCACGCUGCGGCUCUUGCCCGAUUGGGCGGUCUCCCCCGCCGCGCUGCUCGCCGCCUGCCCUGCGCUCUCCGGUCUGACGUCGCUCCACCUCACCGCUGUUCGCCCCCUGUCUUUCCGCUGGCUCAAGCUGUUGCCGCGCCUCAAGUCGUUCGCCCUCGUCAACUCCGCCGCCAGCGUUGACUCCGCGGGCUCGAGCUCGGAUGACGGCGGCGGCGAGGCCGAGGCCGUAGGGGCAUUGCCGCUGGAGAAGCUGUCGCUUUGCGGCAUCCGCUCUGGCGACCGCGGGCUUGGAUGGCUGUGGCGGCGGUGCGGGAGCCUCAAGUGGCUGCAGCUGCGCGCCUGCGACGGCACCGGGGACGGGCCCGCGUCGCUGGCCUUCGCGGAUUGCCUCGCUGGCUUACUCGCGCUGGAGCUUCGUGCUUGCCGUGCUGUCGCCGACCGUGUACUCCUCCUUGCAGCCGACCAUUGCCGCACGCUGACAUCCCUCCUGGUUUAUGACGGCGGCAGCAGCGAGGCCCUUCACCGGUUCAUCCAGCAGCGUGCUGUUGGUCUGCAUACCUUGGACCUUCGCCUCCCGCUCGACCUGCACAAUGAUCAUCUCCUUGCCAUUGGAGCUGGCUCAGUUCACCACGGUCAGGAUGCUACACAUGGCCUAGCUGCACUUCGCCUCCAGAGCUGCGUCCUUAUCACAGGGGAUGGCCUCCGGUCCCUGGCACGAACAGCCACCGGAGCCGGCAUAGAAGAGCUUGCCCUUGUGAGUUGCGACGUGGUGGAGCGGGAGCCCGGGUUGCUGACAUUCCUCAGUCAGAGCAUGCCACGACUCCGUCGACUUAAUUUGUCUUACAAUGAGACACUGAAUGACAAGGUGAUCGGCGCCAUGCUGUCAUCCUGCCGGAAUCUGACUGAGAUCAGACUCGGGGGGUGCCGGGGCUUGACGGGCGGCUCGCUGGUCUCGUUGCUCAGGCACUGUGGGCAGUCACUGGAGAUCCUUGACAUCUCCCGCUGUCCUGGCAUUGCUGUAGGUAAUGUUGAACUCUUUGCCCAGCGCGCCACUCGGUUGAAUCAUAUGAUCAUCGAGGAGAGCGCGAUGUCCGAGGAAUUGAAGGCCAUCGCUCAGAAGAAAGGCCUGAAGGUUGGCUCAUUGCUCUGCGAAGGACCAUUCUGA